AUGCAUCCUUCACUCGAAAUCUCCGUCAUGCUCGAGCUUGGCGAACCGCUACGAACGACUGCAAUAGAGGCGGCCCGUGGCAACAUGGACGAGCUCGACACACUUGUCUCGAUAGUUUGCGACGAUGAGAUGGAAUGGACUCAAUACGCUCUCCGCGGCGUGUCUCCGGCCUUCUACAGCACGCUAGACCCCAAAGAAAUCCCGCUUAUUCGCACACAACUCGAUACUCUUGACCCCGAAUGGGUUGCUACCGUCUUACGGCGUGUCGCCUGGACAUUCCGCUGCCUCGAAGUGCUCAUGAACGGCGACAUCCUCCCUUCCGGCGCAUUCUCAGAUAUAUGGCAGCGUGUAUGGGCCUGGACGCAGUUUUUCGAUGAGUUUUAUUCGAUGGGUCUCCCAUUUCCUGUCAUGUACGAGGACCCGCCGAUGCAACCUGUUGACCAGAUUUUUUCCAUUGCGAUGAAUCUUUUCAACCGGGUCUGGCAGCGGAUCGAGGAACAUCCAGAAGAGCCAGGUCUUGCUCGCCUUGUCUCGGACGACUUUGCUCCCAAGGUUCUUGUGGUCGUUGGGCGUGUGUGGUCUCGUUUACUACGCCUGAAAGACGAUCUUGGACUAUAUCAUAUUUCCAUGAUUGUCCUUAUGGAGCGCCUGGGCGAACAGCGAGACCACUCCCGGUCCCGCAGACGGCUUAAUGAACUGGGGUUUGGAACAGGCGGGAGUUGGUCUGAUUUGGCCACGACAAUGGUUGGACACAUCCUGCGCGGCUCUGCCGGGAGGGGCCCAAAAAAUCCCUUGUCACACGACGAUUGCCAGCUCAUCUAUUCAAUGGUUACGCUUUCUUGGCUACUCCCUCGCGAAACCGACCUUCGUGAUGCUCUCUAUGAAGAAGGAUACGCUGCGGCUCUCACGACCGCGUUCUCCGCGCUGGUGAAUACCCCUGCCAUCCCAUCCCCUUUCCAGUUUCUGGUGGACGAAGUUUUCCGACUUCUCGUGGCCACGUUCGAGUACCGCGCUAGUUUCCAGCAACGCAUCGCGCAAGCCAUCCGCGGGGGCGUUCUGAAGCUGCUGUUUGACUACGCAAAGAUGGGGGGCAACAACUUGAAAAAAGAUGCCCUUAUCCGACAAGUCCUGACAGAAGACUUGCCACGAGCGACAUUGUAUCGCUCUGUCCUGAUCAGACUGCCAAAGGCGUUGUCCAGGAUAAAGCCGCUCGCCAACACAGAGCUUGUGAAGCCUUGGAGCGAGCUCACGGCUCUGAUUCAAGAGCGGCUGGUGCUCCUGAACGAAUACGAAAAUGACGAUCUUACCAGCCAACGUGGAUGCGACAACGUUCAGUGUGGUUUAAUCACGCAUAAAACGUCCCUCAGGCGCUGCGCGGGCUGUCUUGUAGUCUACUAUUGCUCGCGAGCAUGCCAAAAGGUAGAUUGGCGGGAAGGAAACCAUCGCAACAAGUGCGAAUCCUUCAGCAGUCGGGUUGAACACGACUAUGCACAUGCCGUGCCCCGCGACUGGUCGUUCAUCCGCUAUCUCAUCAACCGCCGAUAUCAGCAAUUGCGGGAGACAAUCGCACUACGCUACCUCCGCCUGCUCUUCAACGCCCGCGGCCCCCGGCAAAACCUCUCGCCAUCGCCUCUCUUAGCGGUUUGGUUCGACAUUGCUCAAGCGCCGGGCCAAAUCAAAGUCAGGAUCGAGCUGCUUGGCUCUAACUCCGAGUCCGCAGGCCACGGAUACCUGCUUACGGAGGAGGCUGCCUGCGUCCGACGGAGCCAUGGCCGGCUGCGACUGCACGUGCUGACCAUGGCGUGUCCAUCGGCCGAGCCAGAAGAGGGAAUGAAGUGCAUUCGUUUCUUCCCUUUGCGAUGCAAGGAUUCGAAGAUGGAAGAUGGUCUAAGGGGCAUUCUGAACCAGAUUCCACCUAGAGCUGGUGAGGAGGAGUUGGAUGUCGAGUAUCACCGCCCGAGGGUUCAGGCUUUGCUUGCAACUCUGGGUUUAGAAACUCAUUAA